AUGAAUAGGUUUGCUUUGAUCUUGGUUAUUGCUGCUUUCUAUACAUUAUGGUUGUUCCUUCCGAUCUUUGGUUGGGAUGGAAAAAUACCCUUUUUCCCUAUUCCAAGUGAUUAUGCCAUUUACUUGCCGAUAUUUCUGUUGAUGACUGGUUUCACUCUUAUUGGGACAUUUUUGGGAUUCCUAUUGAUAUUAAAUUAA